AAAUUCCACCACCCCCCCCUUUCUUCGUCUUCCAACCCACCUGCUACCCUCUCUCCACCUUCUUUCUCUCUCUACAAAAUUUCUCUUGUUUUUCUUCUCUCUGGAGAUCGAUACACGAAUAAGAAUACACGAUUUCGAUUCCUUUCUUCUUGAUUUUUACGGGUUCUCUUCUUUUUUUUUUUUUGUGGCAAAGAUUUUUUUUGGCUUGUGUUUUCUUGGCAAGAAUUUUACGCGUUGAUGGCACAGAGAACGGAGAAAGAAGAGACGGAGUUCAAGGUCGUACCGGAGACCAUCACGCUGUGCGUUAAAUGCGGCGUCGCGGGGAAUUCCGCCACCAAUAAUUUAUGCCAGACGUGUUACAGCACGCCCGCAGCGGCGUCCACCUCCGCCGUCGGUACGCCUGCGGCAUCAGCAGGCGGACCGAAACCUAAAAACCAUGUGUUUGUGGGGAAAUCCUUCAGAUCUAGCUCAUCGACAAGGUCUUCUCUGGAAAGGAGCUUGAACAUGUCUGAAACGAGUGGAGAUCUGAAGAAAGAGGCAUCGGAAACGGCCGAUGUUGCACCGCCUGUGAAGAGGGAGGUCAACCGGUGCUCCGGUUGUAGGAGGAAGGUAGGUCUAACCGGGUUUAGAUGCCGCUGCGGCGAGCUCUUCUGUGCCGAUCAUCGGUACUCCGAUCGCCACGAUUGCAGCUACGAUUACAAAACCGCCGGCCGGGAGGCGAUCGCGAGAGAGAACCCGGUGGUCAAAGCCGCGAAGAUAGUCAAAAUUUGAAGGCAGAAAGAACGGACGUAACGCGUACACCAACCAACCUACAUAUGCAGACAAAGCAAAUGAAAUUCUCGAUACCCAGAAGCAAUCAAGAUCAAGAAACGAAGAUUUGAAUAUCGUGGCUCAAAAAAUAUAUGUACUAUUGCUGCACUUCUCUCCGCGUCGAGACGGGUCUUCUCCAGAUGGAGAUGAAGCUGAAAAGGAGAAGGUGGAGAGUUCAGGCGAUACUUAUUUCCCUUUUCUUAAAAUAAUUUUUACCAUAAAGAAAAGAAAGAAACUAUGGAGAUCUCCCUUCUUUUGUGUGAUUUUUCAUUUUCUGAUCCGCAUUUUCUUUGUUUUUUUCUUCUUAAUUUUUAAUGUAUGCAUGGUAUUUUCCCAGGUGAAUGAUAAGAUGAAGGUUUGUGCUUCAAUUCGAUAGAA